UUUCAUUUCCGCCAAAUGAAAUAGCAAAGUUAUUCCAGAAUUUCAAAAGCUAUCUUGGUGUUUCGCAAAAAUGCUCGUGGCAUGAAGUGCGAUGUUCUAUGUAGAAUAAAGAACGCAAGAAGACCUUCAAACCCUUAUACGACGUCAUUUGAUUUGGUUUACUGUGAGUGCCCAAGGAUUCGAGAUCAAUAUUUGGUGGUCCACUGACGUAACAGCGUCUGGAUUAUCCGGACGUAGGGCGUCGGCAACGUCAAUUUUAAAAACUGUGCCAAAAUACUUAGAAUUCAAGUAAAUAUUGAAUUGUUAUGACAAUAAGUGAUAAUAUCAAAAUAUAAAGUUUGAGAGUGUGGAAAUCUUCGACCGCAAAAAUGAGUGUUAAGAUGACUAGAUAUACUAAUGCCGACUUUACGGAUGAUGACAGUGUCAAUAGUGUGCAACUGACAGGAAAGUUUGGAAUUAGCACCACUGCUACUCACAUUCGGUACCAUGCUGGAAAAAGCUUGUGGAAACAGAGAUCGAAACUGGAAAAAGCAUUGUUGGCUCUCUCAGCAACCCUCAUCUUUGUGAUAUUCGUUUUAGCCUGUGUGGUUCAUACUUUAGAACAUAGGAUGUUGAGCGCUAAGAAUUUUCAUGUGGAGUUGGCUGAGAAAGCACCUUGCUUAACUAAAGAUUGCAUCAAGAUAUCUAAUGACAUAUUACAAGCUAUGGAUACGUCAGUAGAUCCAUGUGACGACUUCUACUCUUAUUCUUGUAAUGGAUGGAUACAAAAUAAUCCAAUACCAGAUGGCAAACCUCAGUGGGGAACUUUCUCUAAACUAGAUCAACAGAAUCAGGAAAUAAUAAAAAGAAUCUUAGAGAAACCAAUAAGUCAAAUGAAAUCAAAGGCAGAACAAAAAGCCAAGAUGUAUUAUGAAUCUUGUUUGGACGUCAAUGAUACUGUGGAAACACUUGGCCCGAAGCCGAUGAUAGAUUUGUUGAGGAAAUUAGGAGGUUGGAACAUAAGUGACAGCGGUUUUGACCCGAAAAAAUGGUCUUUUCAAAAUACUGUGCAGACAGUCUUGAACAAAUAUAACAUCGGAGCCUUCUUUUCUUACUCUGUUGGUGAAGACGAUAAGAACUCCUCGAGACAUGUGCUUCAGAUUGAUCAGAGUGGCUUGACCUUACCUUCUAGAGAGAAUUAUCUGAACAAAACAGAGCAUGCUAAAGUGCUUGAGGCUUACUUGGAUUACAUGACUAAGGUUGGUAUUCUUUUGGGAGGAGAACCAAAUUCUACGAAACAACAAAUGUCAGAUAUCAUUGAGUUUGAGACUAAACUCGCCAAUAUAACAACACCAGGUGAGCUCAGAAGGGACGAAGAGUCAUUAUAUCAUCAAUUCACCAUAGCAGGUUUACAAGAGAGAGCUGGAUUUAUAGAUUGGAGGAAAUUUUUCGAGCACGCAAUGAAGGUGGUAAAUAAAAAAAUAACUAGCAAACAACAUGUCGUAGUUUAUGCUCCAGAGUAUUUGGGUAAUUUGACCAACCUCAUAAAGGAAUAUAAUAGAACAGCCGAGGGAAAAAUAGUCCUUAACAACUAUCUUAUAUGGCAAACAGUAAAGUCUUUCACUGGAUGUUUGUCAAAGGCUUUCAGGGAUGCUUACAAAGGCCUCAAAAAGGCUUUGAUUGGUACAGAAGGCGGUGAGGAACCUCAAUGGAGGUAUUGCAUACAGGACACUAACAACGUUCUAGGAUUUGCCAUUGGUGCCAUUUUUGUGAGAGAAGUUUUCCACCAAGAAUCUAAAACGCAGGCUCAAGAGAUGAUCAACAAUGUUAGGAAUGCAUUCACUAGAAAUUUCAAGAAUUUGGAUUGGAUGGACGAAGAGACAAGAAAAGCGGCGGAGAGUAAGGCCGAUGAUAUCUCCGACAUGAUUGGAUACCCGGAUUUCAUCAAGGACAUCACACAACUCGAUAAGAAAUAUGAAUACCUAUUAGUCAGAAAAGACGCUUACUUCGACAACACCCUCAGCAUCAACUACUACAACCUGGUGAAGAAUCUGGAGAAGAUCGACGAGCCUGUGAACAAAACUGCUUGGAGCAUGUCACCGUCUACCGUCAACGCCUAUUACACCCCGACUAAGAACCAGAUGGUCCUGCCGGCAGGAAUUCUUCAAAAUCCCUUCUAUAAUCCAAAGCAUCCAGCAUCCCUAAAUUAUGGAGGUAUUGGUGUGGUUAUGGGGCACGAAUUGACACACGGUUUCGAUGAUCAAGGUAGAGAGUUUGACAAAGAGGGCAAUCUGAACCAUUGGUGGAAGAAUGAAACCAUAAAGAAGUUCAAGGACAGGACUAAAUGUUUUGUUGGACAGUAUAACAAAUUCAAAGUCAACGCCAAAUCAGUAAAUGGAAACCGCACCCUUGGCGAAAACAUAGCAGAUAACGGUGGUCUCAAAGCUGCCUACAACGCUUACUUAGAAUAUAUGAAGAACCAGCCAGAGCCUCUCAAUUACCCCGGCCUCAACCUAAACCACAAACAGCUGUUCUUCGUGGCCUUCGCCCAGAUCUGGUGCUCAGCUGUGACCAACGAGACCAGCACUCUCCAGAUAGAGAAAGAUCCCCACAGUCCAGCGAGGUACCGCGUUAUUGGCGCCCUCUCUAACCUCAAGGAGUUCGGGGAAGAGUUCAACUGUAAAGAGGGCACCAGGAUGAACCCCAAAAACAAGUGCGAAAUUUGGUAGACAAGAUCUUUCGGUGUCUCGAAUCUUGUUGGUGUAAAGGAGUAUGUGAUAGGGGUAGAGGGCUUUAUUUUUUGAAGUUCCUCUGUGUUGAUAGUGUAUCUGAGGAGCCAUGGCCUAUUUUAAGUACAACUGAAAUUUUAUUUACUUCCAUUGUUGCUGUUGCGUCUGCGAAGUAUAGAGUAUUCAUGACAUAAUAUUAGUGAAUAUGGAUUAAGUUCAUCUUUAGUUUGAACAAGUCUCUAGCAGAACGAAGCAUCUUUUUCAGUAGAUCUUCUGUCUAUUUUAGUAUCUUCGUCUGUUAAGAGCUUGGCUCUUCACUGGUUUAGACACUUGGAAUUGUAGAGAUAAUUCUUUGAGGUUGAAGGUACUCCUCAUCAUUUCGAUAAUUUUCCUGUCCCCAUAAUCGGUCAAGGAUACCUGUGUUUUCCCUUUAAUGAAUCGAAGGAAUAUGCCUAUGCUAAUUAAUUUAUGGUUUAUGACUCAGUAUGUUUUCCUCUGGUCAGUCUGAUUUGAAUUGUCUAUGCUUCAUCUUUUAAGAUGCUCAACUAUAAGUUCCCGCUGUUUUUUUUAUGGAAUUUCAACUUUUUAUUAAAUGGUUACAAAUGAAUCAAUAGAAGUAUUGCCCAUUGUAAGCUAAAACUUUUUCUCAUCUUUCUGGUACAGCUCGAAUACCGUUAAAUUAAAAGUGUUCAUCUUUUGAGGCUAUCCAGUAAUGAAGCCAUUUUUUGAUGUCUUCAUAAGAGUGUGACUGCUGAUGAGCUACAUCAUUUGCCAUCAACCGGAACAAGUAAUAAUCUGACGGCGCAAUAUCUGGGGAAUAUGGCAGGUGGGGUAGGACAUCCCAUUUGAGAGUUACUAGAUAAGAUUUAAUGGGUUUAGCAACGUGAGUUCAAGCGUUGUCAUGCUGUAGAUAUACUUCAUUGUGCAUUUGCUUCUAUUGUUGUCGUUUUUCGCGCAGUGUUCGGCUUAAUCGCAUCGAUUAAAGUCGAUACCGUUCCUCAGUAAUGGUUUCACUCGAUUCUAACAGCCCAUAACGAAUAACAUCGAGCAGGUCUCACCAAAUACACAGCAUAAUCUUCGUAUCAUAAAUAUUCUGUCGAGGCGACGACGUAUAAGCAUGACCGGGCAGUCCCCAUGACUUUCUCUUCUCUGGUUUGCUGUAAUAGAUCAAUUUUUAUCACCCGUCACAAUGUGAUGAAGAAAACUCUUCCUUUUUUGCCGCUGAAGCAGUUGUUCACAGGCAAAAACAUGACUUCCUACGUCCUUGUCUUCAAUUCAUGAAGAACCCAAGUUUCCUGUUUUUGAAUCAUACCCAACGCAUGGAGUCGCUUGGAAAUGGCUUGACGGGUAACUCCUUUUGUUGCAGAUAGCUCUUUUUGUAUUAGGCACGGAUCCUCUUCGAGCAAUGCCUUCAAUUCAGCGUCUUCGAAGGUUUUUGGCCUUCCUUCACACCGACGGUCGUCAACAUCAAAAUCACCGUCUUUGAAGCGAUGGAACCAAUCAAAGCACAUUGUUUCACUCAGAGCAGCAUCUACGCAAACUUUUUGGAGCUCUCGUGUGCUUCAAUCACUGUUUUCUUCGAAUGAAAGAAGAAAAUUUACACUUCCCGCAAAUAAUGAAUACUUGGCACAAAAUACGACAUAUUCACACAACCAAAAGUAUAUGACGCCAAAACAAAAUCACUAAUGUGCUUACCAUUCGUUUACCAAAUGUUCAAGCUUAGUUCACGAUCAGCAUUUACUGCUGAAACCAUCUAUUGACAAACAGCGGGAACUUAGUUGGUUAGACUAGGUUCCUACAAUAAUGAUCAAAAAUGUUUUCCAUGAGCAAGUUUGUUAAAAAUGCAGUAGACUGCUUAUAGAGGAAAAAAGGAGAAGAGUCUCACUGAAUUAUAUUUUACCCGAAUUUAUUUGAUUCUAGAUUCUGUUUGUACUAGUGUCGAUGUGGUAAAAUCAUCUUAAUUUGAUCUUCUUCAUUACAGAGUUACCUGAAAUCAAUUUUUCGAAAUUUUUUAGCUAGUAAUGAGAAAGAGUUUGAUCGUUACCUUUUCUCUGUGAGAUGGUCGAAAAUUGAUUCUUUGCCAAAUUAAUUCUUUCUAUCUAUAGUGCAUUGACAAAAAUGAAGAAAUAUGUAUUGAAAUUUCAUAUAAUAUCUACAGCGUUCAUUCAGAAUGCCGCAGUGACAAAAAUAAAGAAAUAUGUAUUGAAAACUCAUAUAAUAUCUGCAGCAAUAAUUCAGAAGAAUAUGACCCUGUAUCAUCUCUUAUAUACUUUUUUGAACUUGUAGAUAAUAAAACAUAAUAUCAAUUCAGGCUGCAAAGGGAAUCAUUAAAUUUUAUAGCUUGAAAAGCUUUGUAUGGCCAAUGCUGUAUUAUAUCUAUCAUAUUGAAUAGAGGUAUGUUAAUUAGGUAGAAACUAAAUGUACAGAAAUUAUAAUGGUUACUUUAGUAGGAUGCUAUAUUUGGAUUUUAAUAUAAAGGAUUUUUAAGAGGUGGAUAUAUUUGGAGUGGAUAUAAAUAACAAUUUCAACGUUUUGUCAAUUUGCUCAAUAUGAUCGAAAUGCAGAGAAGAUACAAUUUGAAGAAAAUAGAAUUCGAACUUUAACAAUAUCCAUGUAUUAUAUCAAUUCUAGAUAAGUAUUUAUUCUACCAAAUUUAUUUUCCUACAUCCAUUUAUGAAUUCAUGAUUUGUUCAUGGAAUGAAGUAGAAAAAUUAAUUUGGCAUGAUUGUGGUUGAGAAUCUGAUUUCAAACUACAAUUUAUAAAGUCAAUUAAUCCUAUCCUGCAUUAACACACCAAGCUUAAAAAUAUCAUAAUUUAAAGUAGAUAUUUUUGUUCUUUGAUUUCAGCAUCUUUUGUCUACAUUAUGACAAAUAAGAUGGAUAUGUUUUGUUGGAAACAAACUACAUAUAUAAAUCCAGAAAAAACAAAUCGAACUCUGUCUUAUGUACUUCAUGUUGAUUUAUUCAUUCAAAUUAGUUUUUAUAUUUUAAAAUAAGAGUUCGAAAUGGAAUUCGAAAACAAAAAAUGCCAGAAGUAUUAUUAGAUUAUUAUAAAAAUACUUUCAGACAAUUAAAUUAUAUCAUAGGGAGAUAAAUACACAUGAAGUAUUUCGAAUUGAACAUAAUGAACAAAUGCAAUUCAGACAAAGAUAAUUUAUAGGUACAUAUCUAGUUUUCUUGGAGAUUCAAGGGUUUCUUGAAGUUGUGUCGUUUUUGCAUCAGUGUCAUCUUUUACAGAAGCUGCUAAAAAAAUCAUAUCAGUUGAAGAUCCAGCUAAAGCAGAAUGAACAAACCGAUUUAUGCAUAUUUCCGUAUAUGUAUAUAUAUUUUUACUGUGAUAAAUAGAUAUGUAAAUAAUG